AUGGAUACUAAAUAUCAAUAUGAGGCUAUCGAAGCUCCCACUUCACCUGAUCGAGAUGAAAUCAGCGAUUCGGACGUCAUGUUUGACGAUUCACCGCCACCCGCAUACCACGCCGUUUUCACAAAUGAGCAGUCUGAAUUGCCCGAAUACGCGAGCGAGAGGCCGGUGUCAAUAAUGCAUGGAGAUACUGGCCGCUUUAGUAUUGACCUCAACGCAGGAAACCGGACGUCCGCAUUUAUUCAGUCAUUUUCACUUCCUGCGCAACGUCCCCGCGUUAUCGAGAUGCCGACCAAUUCCUCUUCUUCGACGCCGAAUGAAAAAGCCGAGGUGGAAUCUGAGACGGGUUUGGAUAUGAAGGGUGUUGCGCUUGAUAUUGUGUUCAUGCUCAUUGGAAGUAGAGAUGAGAUCAAGUCGAUGAUAUUUGUGGGCCAGGAGCUCCAAAAACAAGGCAAUCGAGUGUUAAUUGCAACACACGGGAUUUUCAGAUCCUUCACUACCAAGCUUGGAAUGGAAUUCUUUUCUAUUAGCAAUGAUCCACAACAUCCGAUCGCGACAAACGAUUCUGGAUUUAUUCCCGGAUUGAACAGUUCCGAUAGGUCACAAGUACAGCAGAGUCGCAGAAUGCUGCUCCAUACCCUCAAGCAAUGCUGGAAUGCCUGUAGAUAUUCCGAGUUGCGCGAAGGUAACCCAUUUUCUGUCGACGCGAUAAUCGCGACACCCCUAGCCCAUGCACACAUCCAUUGUGCGGAGCGAUUGUCAAUACCACUACACAUUAUGUCUACCACACCAUGGACCCCAACAAGGCAGUUUGCGCAUCCUUUGGCUCAGUUGGAAUCGGGAAUUGAGAUCGAUUCCCAGAUUCAGAAUUAUCUUUCAUAUAUUCUUGUGGAAGAUUCUAUACAGCAUGAGAUACAUCGAGUGGUCGAUCACUUUCGCCAAGCAGUUCUCGGUCUUCCGACCUCGCUGUGUGUUGAGGAGAAGGGACUUCUAGCCCAGUUCAGUAUCCCCCACACAUAUCUCUGGGCCUCUGGACUGCUUGCUCGACCACAGGAUUGGGAAGAUCACAUUGAGAUUGGUCUAGAUAUUGCAGGGUUCGUGCGAGCAAAAAGUUCACUACAUUACACGCCAUCGGAGAAGUUGCGGGAAUUCUUGAGUCAGGCAGUUGAGCCAGUUCUGGUCCAAUUAGACGCUGCUCAACUGAAAGACCCAGAGUAUUUUGUUGUGAGCCUCAAGGAAGCCUCAUUGAAAUACGGGACCUAUAUCAUACUUCCAAAGGGAUUUGCGGACAUGAACAACCUUCCAGAUUUGCCACGCAUCUUUUUACUUGACAGUGAACCUACCGAAUGGUUGACUUCAAGAGCUUCUGUGCUUUUGACAAGUGGUUCUGCCUCCUCGAUAAACCAUGGAAUCGAACACUGCAAGCGGAUUAUAUGCGUACCACUUCUUCAAGACCAACUAUUUUGGUCCAACGCCGUUCAAACAGCAGGGAUCGGCCCAGCUCCUAUUAAAGAAACAGCUUUCUCAAGCGAAAUAUUCGCUGAUUCUUUCUGCCAUUGUCUACGCCCCGACGUCCGAGAAGCAGCUGCAAGUUUAGGUGCUCGUACCAAAAACGAGAAUGGUGCGGCGAAUGCAGCGAAGUCUUUCUAUCGUCAUCUACAAUGGGAGAAGGUUCAACGCGACCCUACAACAUCCGAUCCUGCCAUAUAUAGUAUGCGACUCAAAGGGAUUGUUGUUCCUUCGAUUGCCAAGACGGUGGUUGAUAUGGAAAAUGGUCUGACAGCAUCCAGUCCUGGAAUCGAGAGUCCAACUGUUGUUACUAGAGGUGGACAAGCAGUUUGCGUCGAUACAGACAAAUCUACAUUCUUCGUUGGGGCAAUGGAUGUUGGUCAGAAUCUGAUCAAAGCAAUUAUCAAGCCAACGAUCUCACACAUUUCUGACACGCGCACCAGAAAAAAAAACCUGAAUGACCUCCCCACUAAACCGAUGGCACAAAAACCCGAAAAGUCCAAAUCAGGAUUUGCGUUGAAAGUCGCAAGAAACGUGGGCUUUGGGUCGGCAGUUGCGUGUGGAAAAAUAGCCAUCCUGCCUUUCAAGACUGUAUACUAUAUGGGUGAAACAGCCUCGUAUGGAAUACGUGCGCUGCAAAAACUUGAUUCCCCCGGACACGAAGCGAGGGAGGAACAAAGGGAAGGAGACAGCUAUUUCAAUACAAGCGCGAGACAAGGAUCAUUGGAGGGAUGCGACACGGAUCUUCACCUCUCUUUGCAGCAGGACGAUGCCUACUCGCGUGCCUUACGGGCUUCAAGCUCGAAUACACAAAUACAAUCUAGAGAUCCGAAUUCAAAGUCUGAUGCGAAGGAGUUUGAGGGUCACUUCUGA